AAUGGCCUCGUCGGCUUGUUUCUACGAUCAAUGACAAACAAGAGCAUUCAACUAGGAAGGAUGUCGUAUACCCUUCAAAUUAUACUGACGUUAACGGGAUUAUUAAGCUUUUAAAUAGACAUGCCAUGAACAACAUGGAGGAUGUAGACAUGAUUCGCAUCCCAAUGAACGAGCUAAUAUUUGGAAGUGACAAAUUUGUUUAUUUAGCUCGUGAAGAUUUGUUGCAUUACUGCGGCAUGGUUGAAAUCGGCUAUAUGUGUAUACUAGCGUAUAUUACAUGUCUUUGGGAUAAAUGUGACUGUGCAAAGAAUUUUUUUGUCAUUGACCAAUCAAAAAUAUCGUCACAUAUCAAAGAUCGUGAUCUUCGAUCCAGAAAUUUAGCCAACCAGCUAGAAGCAGUUAACUUGGAACAGAAAGUGCUAAUUCCAUAUAAUACCGGUUUUCAUUGGAUGUUGCAUGUUAUCGAUCUUCGUGAAAAUUGCGUUUAUGUUUUGGACUCUCUUCGGAGUAAAGUCAAUGAAGACAUUCAUGGAAUCAUAAAUGUAGGGUUGAAGACAUGGCAAGCGAAACACGAUCUACAACGCUAUCGAUCAACUCCAAAAUGGAGACCUGUAAAGUGCCCUCGUCAAUUGGAUUCUGUAGGGUGCGGGUACUACGUGCAAAAGUACAUACAUGAGAUAGUGCAUAAUUCUAGUACUUCUAUUACUAACCUUUUCAAUACCAAAAAUGCAUAUAGCCAAGAGGAGAUUGAUGAGAUUCGAACUGAAUGGGCAGCUUUUGUUAGCAGAUUUGUGUAAGUAGUUGCUUUUUGUAGUUAGGUUAGUAGUUGAUUUUUGUAGUUAGGUUAGUAGUUGAUUUUUGUAGUUAGGUUAGUAGUUGGUCGAGUUAAGUUUUUG